GCAAUUUUUUUUCUUCGCAAACAAGUCUUGAUCUUGUAAAAACUUUCUUUAUACUUUUUAAAAUGAAUACUGUUCAAGGUUUUAUGGGACUUAUUGUCCACCCCGGUAAGACCUACACGCAAAUUGUCUCUGCUCCUUUCCGUAUCGCCAUGGCUUCUCUCGGUGAGGAUGUUACUGACGAAAAGCGUACCACUGUUACCGUCGUUGUUGACAAGAAGGAGUAUGUCUUGUGUACUUUGAUUGCCAACAAGAUUGAACAACAAGCUUUGGAUAUUACCUUUGUCGAAGGUGAGGAGAUCACUUUUGCCGUUAAGGGUGAUAACAUUGUUCACCUUACCGGUAACUAUGUCUUCAGCGACGAUGAAGAGGAGAUGGGAUCCGAAAUGGAGUCUGAAGACGAUGAGAGUUUCGAUGAGGAAGAGUUCAUGAAGAACCUCCCCGAAGGUGUCACUCCUGAAGAAGUCAGAGCUUUGUUGGCUCAACAAGAUAUGUCCGGUAGCGAGAUUGAAUCUGAUGAGGAAAUCGAAUCUGAGGAAGAAGAGGAGGAGGAGGAGGAGGAAGAAGUCCCCGUCGUUGUCAACAAGAAGCGUGCCGCUGAACCUGUCAAGGAAGAGACUCCUACCAAGAAGCAAAAGGCCGAAGCCAAGAAGGCCGAAGCUAAGAAGGUUGAAGCCAAGAAGGCUGAAGCUAAGAAGGUUGAAGAACCCAAGAAGGAAGAACCCAAGAAGAAGGAAGCCAAGAAGGUUGAAGCCAAGAAGGAGGAAGCCAAGAAGGUUGAAGAACCCAAGAAGGAAGAGCCCAAGAAGAAGGAAGCCAAGAAGGUCGAGGAAAAGAAGAAGAUCACUAAGCUUCCUAACGGUCUCAUCAUCGAAGAUGUCAAGGUCGGUGAAGGUGCCUCUUGUAAGUCUGGCCAAAGAGUCGGUAUGCGUUAUAUUGGUAAGCUUACCUCCGGUAAGGUUUUCGAUAAGAACGUCUCUGGUAAGCCUUUCUCUUUCCUCUUGGGUCGCGGUGAAGUUAUCAAGGGUUGGGAUAUUGGUGUUGCUGGUAUGAAGGCUGGUGGUGAACGUAAGUUGACCAUCCCUGCUCCUUUGGCAUACGGUAAGCGUGGUGCUCCCCCAGAUAUCCCCAAGAACGCCACCCUCGUCUUCGAUAUCAAGUUGGUUUCCAUGAAAUAAGUCUUUUUUAGCCCAAUCAUAAGCUAAGCAUAAUAAAACAUUUGUACAUUUAAAAGAGUCUAAAGAGAUUAAGCUCAUCCACAAAAACAAAACAAAAAAAGAAAUGGCUCC